UCGACGACCGACCGCUCGACGAUAUCGACAAUCCCCCCUCGGACACACCACAGCCCACGCAGUCAAGAUGCGGUACAUUUACUCCGAGGAACGGCUGCCCAUCCCCGAGAAUGUGAAGGUUCACAUUCGCUCUCGCGUUGUGACCGUUGAGGGACCCCGUGGCAAGCUCGUCAAGGACCUCUCUCACAUCGCCGUUACCUUCGGCCGCCCCGAGAAGGAUGUCAUCUCCAUUCAGAUGCACCACGGUGUCCGCAAGGGAAUUGCCUCCCUCCGUACCGUCCGCACCCUCAUCAACAACCUGAUCAUCGGUGUCACCAAGGGCUUCAAGUACAAGAUGCGCUACGUCUACGCCCAUUUCCCCAUCAAUGUCAACAUUGAGAAGAACGCCGAGACCGGCUCUUUCGAGGUCGAGAUCAGAAACUUCCUGGGUGAGAAGUACGUCCGCCGUGUGACCGCCCAGCCCGGUGUUGAGGUCAUCACCUCUCCCAACGUCAAGGACGAGCUCCAGCUCUUCGGUAACUCCCUGGAGGGUGUUUCCCAGAGCGCCGCCGACAUCCAGCAGAUCUGCAGAGUCCGCAACAAGGAUAUCCGUAAGUUCCUUGACGGUCUGUACGUGUCGGAGCGGGGUAACAUUGUCGAGGAGUAAACGGUGUCUGUCCGCCUUGGUGGGUAGUGAAGGAUGUCUGGAGAAUAUAUUUUUCGCCUACUUGCAUAGGGAGCAACGCGAAAUUCAAAACCAAAAUCAUGGAAUUCAAAUGUCCUUUUACGUGUCCACGGGAAUGGAAGGCUCUUUCUUCGCGGGGAGCGCGGCUGUGUAGACUUACAAAAAAUGUUUUGCCUUCUUGAGCAAUCCGAUUUUUUUCUUAUUUCGUCAAACAAUGUAGACCACCGUGAAUACUUACUACCAUUGAACAUUGGGGAUGGGAGUGUAGUGUGAGGGUACAAAAGUGGUGUAAAGCAGGUAAUGCGGAAGUGUACUCGAUGGUUGUAGUUUUGCGGGGAAGCUCCGUCGCGAUCAUGUCAUCAUCUAUAGUUACUUCCCAUUUCUCCUCUCCGACAUGAACAUCUCCCCCUCCCUCUCUCUCAACACCCUCGAUUCAUGU